AUGAACACUGCUGAUAGUCACGUCCAGAUACACCUGGCGCCAUUGACCACGGCUAGCACGUUCACGUUCGCCGAUCUGGGCAUGACGGAGCCUGGGGAUGAAGCACGAAUAGCCGGUAGCAAUCCAUUCCCUUUCCUCUCUUGGGAAGGGGUCCUGGCAUAUCGCCGCUCAAUCCUGAGCUCAGAAGUGUUGAAGAACUGUGCCAGGUCAUUUGGUAAAGGUGCUCUCCUCCUUCGUGAUGUCUCUUCGAGAUCUAAGUUCAUUAAGGAUCUCUGGACCCAUCACAGAACCCUCAACAUUGUACGGAGUGCGCUCGGCGUCGAUGUCGACAUCAUCAUGCCUUACGAGAUCGGACACACCAACAUCCAACUUGCUAGCCCCGACAUGCCUCUUUCCAAUCUCCAACCUGAGCCACAGAUCCAGGCGGUGGCUCUGACAGAAGAACAGAAGAACUACGAUCCGCUGUCGGCAGACUCGGUGAUACCGUGGCACUACGAUUCCUAUCCUUUCGUGGCCAUCAUCAUGCUUAGCCAUACAGACUCUAUGAUCGGAGGCCACACGUAUAUCCAGACAGCGGACGGAAGACCACACAAGGUCGACGGCCCGUCUAUCGGCUCUGCGGUAGUCCUUCACGGCGGCCGAGUUCGGCAUCUAGCGUCUCGCUCCUUUGGCUCAAGCGAGCGGAUCACAGCAAUUACAUCGUUCAGACUCUCUAAACCCGGCGUUUGGGACGAUAGCUACAUCAGCAAUGUCCGCCCGUAUGAUGAGCUGCCUGCUCUGUACCGCGAGUGGUCACUGUAUCGCCUGAAGAAGAUGAGAGAGGAGAUCGAGUUACUGGAAGGGCGGCUGGUCAGCGACUCCCAGUCCUUUUUCGACGAAGAUGUGACUGCGCUUUGCUCACAGCUGGCCGACUAUUCAACCAGGACAGCCCGACAGAUGACGAGGCCAUCCAUUCGGGACGAAGUCGUGGCCAGAUUCGGCCAUUCCAAGGUGGCUUCCACCAUAGACGCCUGGCGAAGCAUUCGUGGCCGUGCAGAUAUUCAAGAACGAACUUUCGGCGCAACAGAGAGCACGGCUGGCGACAUGCCCGAGCUGAAGCCAUAUUUGCUCGACUGGCACCAUACCAAGGCUGCCAUCACACUUGGAAUACCUCAGAUUAGCGUGGGUGGGCCGUUCGAGUGGAAGGAGGGUGAGGAAUACUUCUUCCCCGACGAGCUUGGUCGACAGGGUUUGAAUGAGUUGUUGCUGCUAUGGCUCGAUCGAUAUGGUUUGGUGGCCCAGAUGUGA